UCCUGUCGCAAUAAUAUUUAUGUUUACAAAGUAUGUUUUUAUUCAAAUGGUCUUUAACAAGCUUUUCGCGUGGAAGUAGAACUAUGAGGGAAAAUUAGAGCAAAUGAAAGUGCACGUGGUUAUAUGGUACCACCGUAUUUACGAGCACGUGAUGUAGUUGUAACUGGACAUGUUGGUGACAUCGACGAUGAAAGAUCGCGAAAAAAAUGCAGGAAAGUACGAAAAACAUUUGACGACUUUAAAAUCGCAUAGCAAGAUUCGCCGAUAAGUCGGAAUUUAAGAGGACUGAGAGUCAAACAUUGACAGCAUAUAAUAUUAACACACUGUCGACGAAUUCCUAGUGGUAUAUUCAUUAGAGAGCGAGAACAAAGCGUUACCGGAAGAGUGACUAAGGACAUAGUUUCUGGUUUCACGCACGAAAUUUCCUUGUACAAUAAGUCAUUACGCAAAUUUCACGUGUGCGUGUGGAGAGGAAGUUCACUGCGAUUGGUCGCUUUUGAUUUGUUCGACAAUGUUCACGUGAAAGGAUACUGACUAGUAAACAAACUCAGACACUGUACUGCAAUGAAACGUAAGAUAUUUAGGGCUCGUUUAAAUUAGGACAUAUUCUGCGCAGAGCCCAUUCUUGCCGGUUGCAGAGUUUCACAGCUGUCGUUCGAAUUGAGCCAGAGAAAACUGUGUACGUUAUUGCAAAUUCCCCUGUAAUAAUUGUGUGGGAAACUCUUGGCCUCCUCUAAUAGUGGAUAAUUUUUUUUAAUACUACACGGUGGUACACGAGGAAAAAUGCCUCCAACUCAGUCUUUGAAAUCGUGUGUGGUUAAAUUAGGUUCUUGCAGAAAAAGUGACUCGGAGCUUGUAAAAAAGGAUAAAAGAGUGCAUUUUGCAGAUUCAAUGGGACUUGCUCUCGUAUCCAUAUUUUAUUUACCGCAACCUCCUACGAGAACGAAAUUACCUCAACAGCGAAGAUGCGAAGAGAAAGCUAAACUAUUAAAUUUUUUACAGCCAGUAGAAAAAAGAGACUUCAAUGAAAGACUUAACAGCCUUAACGUUUCCCUAGAAAAUAUUGUUCUGCGGAACUUUGGGGUCUUUGGAACAGUGAAAGUUCGGAAUCUGGCGUACGAAAAAAGAAUUACAGUGCGGUACACGAUCGAUGGCUGGUCAAGUUUUCGUGAUGUAGUGGGUAAUUAUGUACAUGGCUCUUACAAUGGAAUCACAGAUACUUUCUCAUUUGAAAUAGCUAUACCGACAACUCUUAUCAAAGACUGCAAACUGGAGUUUGCCGUGUGCUACAAGGUACUAGGAGUAGAAUUUUGGGACAAUAAUAGUGGAGACAAUUAUCGUGUUAUGUGCUAUUCACCGAACCAGUGGAAAUCUCGAGAGUGGGUUUAUAAUAAUAACAGUAGUUUGAACGUUUAUGGGCAUAUCCAAUACAGAUAUGUGGGCCUUGGAUUUUGAAAUGAAAGAUUGAAAAGUGUCAAGUUGAAAUUAGAUUUUAGCGAGAACUUCUUAGAAAGGACUUGGAAUCGAACUCUAACCCUCGUCUUAUAGCGUCAAUAAGUUUCAGGAUGCUUAUUUUAGCAGAAGUUGUUCGAACUUCUUUAAACUUAAUAUUAUUGAGAGUUUGAAUUUUUUUACUGGCAUCAUUUGGUCAGUAUAGUCAUUUUUAAUUUUUCAAGGCGAAAGUCAAGCCUCGUAAGUUGAGUUGUCUUCGUAACAACAUCGUACGUUGCUAACGAUUAAAGAAUUUUGUACUCGUGUAUAGAUCAUUUUGUAUUCAAAGUCGAGUUGGCAUCUUAUUUAUUUCAUAAUUGGUUAUGUAAACGGAGAGAUAAAGUAAAUUAAUCGUUUCGAACAUUUGA